AUCCAUCUGCCCACCGGGGGGCCUCCGGGCCGGGCUUCGACAUGCUGGAGGAGCCCCGGCCACGGCCUUCGACCUCGGGCCUCGUGGGCCUCCUGUUCCUUGCGCUAUGCAGUCGGGCCCUCAGCAAUGAGAUUUUGGGCCUGAAGCUGCCAGGCGAGCCGCCGCUGACGGCCAAUACCGUGUGCUUGACACUGUCGGGACUGAGCAAGAGGCAGCUGGGCUUGUGCCUGCGCAGUCCCGACGUGACGGCGUCCGCGCUGCAGGGGUUGCACAUCGCUGUCCACGAGUGUCAGCACCAGUUGAACGACCAGCGCUGGAACUGCUCGGCGCUGGAGGGAGGCGGCCGCCUGCCACACCACAGCGCCAUCCUCAAGCGCGGUUUCCGAGAAAGUGCCUUUUCCUUCUCCAUGCUGGCUGCAGGUGUCAUGCAUGCUGUAGCCACAGCCUGUAGCCUGGGCAAGCUGGUGAGUUGCGGCUGUGGCUGGAAGGGCAGCGGUGAGCAGGAUCGGCUGAGGGCCAAACUGUUGCAGCUGCAGGCACUGUCACGGGGCAAGAGUUUUCCUCACUCUCUGUCCAGCCCUGUCCCUGGCUCAGGCUCCAGCCCUAGCCCCCAAGACACUUGGGAAUGGGGUGGCUGUAACCAUGACAUGGACUUUGGAGAGAAGUUCUCUCGGGAUUUCCUGGAUUCCAGGGAAGCGCCCCGGGACAUCCAAGCACGAAUGCAGAUCCACAACAACAGAGUGGGGCGCCAGGUAGUAACUGAAAACCUGAAGCGGAAAUGCAAGUGCCAUGGCACAUCAGGCAGCUGCCAGUUCAAGACCUGCUGGAAGGCUGCCCCAGAGUUCCGAGCAGUGGGGGCAGCACUAAGAGAGCGGCUGGGCCGGGCCAUCUUCAUAGAUACCCACAACCGCAACUCAGGAGCUUUCCAACCUCGUUUACGGCCUCGACGCCUCUCAGGAGAGCUAGUCUACUUUGAGAAAUCUCCUGACUUCUGUGAACGAGACCCUGCCGUGGGUUCCCCGGGCACACGGGGCCGGGCCUGCAACAAGACCAGCCGCCUAUUGGAUGGUUGUGGCAGCCUGUGCUGUGGCCGUGGGCACAAUGUGCUCCGGCAGACACGAGUUGAGCGUUGUCAUUGCCGCUUCCACUGGUGCUGCUAUGUGCUGUGUGAUGAGUGCAAGGUCACAGAGUGGGUCAACGUGUGCAAGUGAAGCGCAGCCUCCCCAUGGGGCUAGGCAAAGGGAGUGUGUGUGACAGAGGCACCUUUGCAAACCCUCCACUGUUCCUGGAAGUGCUAAGCAUCUCCUUGAAAACUGUUUUGGGCAUGGUGGGAGACAGGUGGAGUCUGUGAUGUAUAGCUCUCCCUACAGUGGGAGGGCCUGGGGAGGGAGCUUUCACCUCUCUUCUGCUCCUUGAAUAUCUGAAUGGACUAAGAUGAAAUGCACUGUAUUGCUGACAUUCCACCCCCCCCACCCCCAUCCUGCCCCCAAAAUCAGGGCCGCUUUAGCCUUAAUUCAUUCUCCUUUUGGCUGGGGAGUCUCUGAAGUUUGAAAACUC